UUUUUUAAUUUCUCUUUGUAGCAGCAACAACAUAACCAAGACUGAGCAUGUAUUUAUCCCGUUCUGAUCGGUGGUGAACACAGCCUCUCACUUGACCGCCCCCCACGAUUUCUUUUACUCCAGCGCAUCGAACCCAGGAGGUUCUCUCGAUUUUGAUGGGUUCCCCUUGUGUCCUUUAUAAUUCUGCUUUCCACACUUGGCUGAGUUUUUGUUUCACUCCUCGCCAGAGUUCGAUCUCCAGGGACCUCCAAGUCCAUUAGACGGCCAUGGUUAUCAAGAGUUUAUAGGUUAUGAUCAAUCCAUCUCGAGGAGAGUUAGCAAGAAUCAUAAGUAAAACUUUGAUAACCGCAACGAAACAAGUCGCCCCAAGUCAGACAUGGAAAUGGACGCCGUCACUGGAGCAAGCUUUGCACCGCCUUGGAUGUCGGCAAUUACUCAGUCCAACACUAGUUGCCCGUGUAAUCGACCCACACCUCCUCCAUCACCACUCUAUUGCUUUGGGCUUCUUCGACUGGUCCUCUCAGCAACCUGGAUUUUCUCACAACUCAUUAUCCUAUCAGUCAAUUAUCAAGGCCCUCUCCCAUUCCCGCAACUUCAUUGCCGUAGAAAGGAUCUUGAAGCAGAGCAAAUCCCAGAAGCUCAUCCUUCCACCUUAUGUUUAUCGAGCUGUCAUUGCUUCUCAGAUCAGUAGUAAGAAAACUCAAGUCGCAUUUUCUACUUUCAAAGAGGUCAGUUCAGUAUUAUCGGAAAUCGGACCCCAAACUUGCAAUUCGCUUCUUGCCGCUUUAUCCUCUGAAGGUGAUCUUUGUGGCGCCCAAAAUGUGUUCGAUGAAAUGAAUCUGAGAGGUGUUCAAUUGAACACACUUGGUUUUGGUGUGUUCGUGUGGAAUUUCUGUCGCUAUAAAGGACUGGAAAUGACUUUGAAUGUGCUAGAGGAAGUCCGGAAAAUCGAUUUUUCGGGAAUUAUAGGGUCCAUUAUUGCUGUUUUAGUUAUGCAUGGGUUGUGUUCUUCUUCUUUCGUCUCAGAGUCCGUUGUGGCUUUGGAUGAGUUGAGGAAAAGAGACUGCAAACCUGAUUUUAUAGCAUACAGAGUUGUUUCAGAAGCAUUGAGAGGAAUGGGAAAUGUGGUCGAUGUAGAGAUGGUUUUGAAGAAAAAAAGAAAGCUGGGAGUUGCACCAAGAUCCAAUGAUUAUAAAGAAUUCGUUUUUAGCUUGAUUUCAGAAAGACUAAUAUCAGAAGCGAAAGAGUUGGGAGAAGUAAUCAUGAAUGGGAAUUUCCCCAUGGAUGAUUAUCUACUCAAUGUGCUGAUUGGAUCUGUUUCGGCUGUUGAUCCUCAUUCCUCCAUGUUAUUCUUCAAUUUCAUGGUUGACAAAGACGUAUUUCCCACCCUUCUUACUUUGAACAAUUUGGGUAGGAACCUUUGCAAGCAAGGUAAAGUUGAAAUGUUAGUUGAGGUUUUUCAGAAGUUGUCUGCUAGAGCAUAUUUUAGAGAUCAACAAAGUUAUAAAGUGAUGAUCACACUUUUUUGCGAGGCGGGUCAAGUAAAGGAAGCUUAUGAUCUUCUUUGUGAGAUGAAAAGAAAAGGUUUUGAUCUUGACAUAUCAUCUUACAAUUCACUUCUACAAGCCUGCUGUAGUGAAGAUUUAGUGCGGCCCGCCAAACGGCUAUGGGAUGAAAUGUUUGCAAAUGGUUGCCCUGGCAAUAUAAAGACAUACAACAUCCUUAUCCAGAAGUUUACAGAAGUUGGUGAAGCUGAAGAAGCUUACAGGCUGUUUCAGCAUAUGUCUGAAAAAGGGGUAGCACCUGAUGAAACAACUUACAAAUCCAUUCUUAAAGGAUUAUGUCAAGGCAGUCAAGCCAAAGAUCUGACCUUGGCUCUUCAUGUGUUCAACAUAUCUAUUGCUCAAAGUAGCGUCCUUGCGCAGAAGGUUUUAGGUUCAUUUGUCCUCUAUCUUUGUACUGCAGGUUAUGUGCUUUCUGCUUUAAAAUUGCUUCAGAGUCACACGAAUUAUAUUGCAUCCCUGGACUCCCAUCUCACAGUAUUGAGAUUUUUAACUGAUGCCGGAGAGGAUUCAUUGGCUCUGGAACACUUGAAGUUGGUUAAAGACAAUUCUCCUUUCAUGUUACAAGCUCUUAAGAAUGAGAUUUUAUCUUUAUCAAGACCAAAUUCAAUUAUGGAAUUGCUUAAAGAGGUGGAGAAAUCAGUCUAGUUUAACACUCGUAAAAGUAUAGAUCCCAGGGGAAAAUGUUGGACGUUCAACUUUCUGUGAUUUGGGGCUUUGAAUUUUGAGAAAAAAUAAUGAUCAAACUGGUGAGGCUAUGCACUAUGGUUGAAGACAGCCUAUUAGUGCACAAUGAAGUUAUAAGGGAAUUAGAUUAAUUCCGUGAUAUAUGGAAUUUUAUCAAUUCAGGACCCGGAAGAUAGAUUAAUUAUCAAUUCAGGACCCGGAAGAUGAAAUGCAUCGGUAUAGGACCCGAAUGAUGAAAAACUAUCAAUUUAGGACCUAACAUUUCAUAGGUUUUGAUUUGUUUAAUUUUUUAUUAAUUCCAUUACUAAUUUUUUAGUAAACGUUUCUUCACAAAAGUUUAUAAGUUUAAUAAAACUAAAUAAUAUUUAAAAUUUAAAAAUAAAAAUAAUAAUAAAUUUUAUGACAAGUUAGGUCCUAGAUUGAUAGUUUUCAAUCAUUCAGGUCCUAAAUUGAUAAUUAAUAAAAGUUUUGUGAAGAAAAGUUUACUAAAAAUUAGUAAUGGAAUUAAUAAAAAAUUAAACAAAUCAAAACCUAUGAAAUGUUAGGUCCUAAAUUGAUAGUUUUUCAUCAUUCGGGUCCUAUACCGAUACGUUUCAUCUUCCGGGUCCUGAAUUGAUAAUUAAUCUAUCUUUCGGGUCCUGAAUUGAUAAAAUUCCUAAUAUCACGGAAUUUUAUCAAUUCAGGACCCGAAAGAUAGAUGAAUUAUCACUCCGGGACUUGAAAGAUGAAAUGCUUGAAUGAUUGAAAACUAUCAAUCUAGGAUAUGUAGUAUUUUUGCCAAUUUUUCCUACUCAUUAUUUUCUUUUUUGAUCUAUUACCUUAUCUUUUCAUGUUGUGAUUAUAUUGCAUUAGAAUUAAUGAAUUAUAGACAUGGAGAAUCUGCCUGUUACUUAAUGAUGAUUCAAUACAUUUUUCCAUAGUGAGUUUCCCCCAUCAGUGGAUCACAAUCACCCAUUUGGGAAUGAUCAGGACUGUGAGUUUUAGGCCAGCUUGUACAGCAUUUUUGUUAAUGUACACUAGUCUUAAACUGAUCAAGAUCCACACUUAGUACCUUGCUCUUUCUCCAUUUGACCUUCUCUCCGUUAUGUCUCUUCUUCAUAUAUCCAUCCACAGUCCGCACACAAUAGUGAAGAGACUGUCCAUUGCUAAGCUUCAACCUUUGGAAUAAAAUCUGCCUCACUAAGCUCUAUUUCCAUCCACUUCUUCAUUGUGACUUGUACACAUCUCACCAUCUCUGUUCUAUCUUAUAAAUCCACCUCACAACCAUUGACAGAAGAAAUCUUAGGUUUUCAUAAUGGAAAAUGAAAAUGGAUGGAUGGCCUACUAAUAAACAAUCUGUUAUUAUUCCUAAUUCAUUCAUAGUUCUAAUUUCUAAAUAAGGUGAGAAAUGGGGGAUACAAUCUGAUUUCAGGAGCUAAAUAAUAUUUAAUUAUAGAAAGUGAAAGCAGUAGUGCACUACCCCUCCUUAAUCACAUUGUUCUCUGCUGGGAAAAGGAAGAAGUCUGAAUCAGCUCUUCAAGAAAAAACGCUUACUAGGCCGGAGGGGACGAUGACUUCAGUGAUUAUUCUAAGCUAUGAUCUUGAUAAAGCAGUAGAUCUGAGAUAUGGGUGCAAAUUGAGGAGGAAAACCUGCAAUGGCCAAGUUUGAGAGUACUGGGUAAGGGAUCAUGCAGUGUCAACCGAGAUAGAUGGACCAUAUAAAAUUGAAGAGUAAACAUGUAUGUUUGUUCGAGUUCAUGAAAUUAAUUGUUCAUUGUUUUGUUUUUAAAUUGAGAUUGUUAUGAAAUAAGGCUUGGAUGUUGUUGUUGUUGAGAUUCACAUGAAAAUCACUUGCUUUAGGACAUGUAAUUCAAUAGCAGUGAUUUCUCCUUUGCAAUGAAAGUAAACAUUCUGGUUGCAGC